AAAAAAUAUUUAGCCUCUUAUUUUUAAAUCUGUCCUCUUUCUAGUUUUCGUUACCUUAAAAUUUUCCGAGAAAAUCGUUCUAAUUCGUCAUUUUUCUGUUAAAAUUUUCACUCUUCCCUUCUCUGUCUCCCCCCUAACACAUCACCACUACAUGGCAAACCAUUAACUUUUCUAUCUCAAAUACCAAAAAAUCGAAUCAGACGAGAGAGAGAGCCCAAAAAAAAUAAAAAAAAUAAUAAUAAAUAAAUAAAUAAAGAGAAAUUUUGAGAGAGAGAGAGAGAGAGAGUGUGUGUGUUUGUGGGUGUGAUUCGUCUUUUGGUGGUUGAAUCGAUCUCUGAGCCUGUGAUGGGGAAGGUGGCGGUGUGCGCGGCGGCGGUAUGCGCGGCGGCGGUGUGCGCUGGGGCGGUGCUGGUGGUCCGCCACCGCAUGAAGUGCUCGGGACGGUGGUCGCAGGCGAUGGCAAUACUGAAGGAGUUCGAGGAGAAGUGUGGAACCCCUCUUUCGAAGCUGAGACAGGUCGCCGACGCCAUGACUGUGGAGAUGCACGCAGGUCUGGCAUCCGAAGGUGGAAGCAAACUCAAGAUGAUAAUCAGCUACGUCGACAAUCUCCCCACCGGAGAUGAGAAAGGUUUGUUUUAUGCACUGGAUCUUGGUGGCACAAACUUUCGUGUCCUGCGUGUUCAAUUGGGAGGGAGAGACAAUCAUGUUGUUAAACAAGAAUUUGAUGAAGUUUCAAUUCCUCCUAAUUUGAUGAUUGGGACUUCAGACGGAUUAUUUGAUUUUAUUGCUGAAGCACUCAAGAAAUUUGUUGAUACAGAAGGCGAAGAUUUUCAUCUUCCCCCUGAUAGACAAAGGGAACUGGGUUUCACCUUUUCAUUCCCGGUUAAGCAGACAUCAAUUGCAUCAGGGGCUCUUAUUAAAUGGACAAAAGGCUUCUCUAUAGAAGAAGCGGUUGGACAAGAUGUUGUGGCAGAGUUGACAAAAGCCAUAGAAAGAGUUGGUCUUGAUAUGCGUGUAGCUGCUUUGGUCAAUGAUACCAUUGGAACACUCGCGGGAGGCAGAUACAGUAACCCAGAUGUCAUUGCUGCUGUAAUUUUGGGUACUGGAACCAAUGCAGCGUAUGUGGAGCGCGCACAUGCAAUUCCCAAGUGGCAUGGCCUACUGCCUAAAUCGGGAGAUAUGGUUAUUAACAUGGAGUGGGGCAACUUCCGCUCAUCGCAUCUUCCACAAACAGAAUAUGAUCAAGCAUUGGAUGCUGAGAGCUUAAACCCCGGUGAACAGAUUUUUGAGAAGAUGAUUUCUGGCAUGUAUUUGGGAGAAAUUUUACGCGUAGUUCUGUGCAAGAUGGCUGAAGAAGCUGCAUUUUUUGGUGAUACUGUGCCCCCAAAACUGAAAGUUCCAUUUAUUUUAAGGACCCCUCAUAUGUCUGCAAUGCAUCAUGACACUUCUUCUGACCUGAGAGUGGUUGGGAGCAAGUUAAAGGAUGUCCUAGAGAUAUCUAAUACUUCGCUGAAAACAAGAAAAGUAGUAGUCGAGCUCUGUGACAUCAUUUCUUUCCGUGGAGCACGCCUGGCUGCAGCUGGGAUUCUAGGCAUCCUCAAAAAAUUGGGGAGAGACACACUGAGGGAGGGGGAGAAGCAGAGGUCAGUGAUAGCAUUGGAUGGUGGGCUGUACGAGCACUACACAAAAUUUAGGAAUGCUAUGGAGGGCACUCUUAAGGAGUUGCUGGGGGAGGCAUCUGGAACCAUUGUCAUCGAGCAUUCCAAUGAUGGCUCUGGCAUUGGAGCCGCCCUCCUGGCAGCCUCACACUCCCAAUAUCUCGAGGAGCCUUAAUUAUGGUCAAAGGCCAAGUAUUCUGUUGGUUAAAGGAGCUUGAAUUUAUUUAUUUUUUCUUUUUUCUUUUGUAUAUUUUUCCCUUCUCCCCUUUCUCAUCAGAACUUGCUUUGGAUCUCUUAGUUCAAGACACCGUGCAAGAAAAUCGUUAAUUUUAGGUCCUGAAGAGCAAUGGAUUAAAUAUGCGUUGAGGGGCUGAGUGUCACAAACAAGGCUUUCAGGUGUUUUCUGUUCUACACUCUUUUUCCAGUGCUGAAAUCUGUAUCGGUACUAGUUACUUUGUUUUUUUUUUUGUUUUUUGUUUUUCUUUUCUUCACGAAAUAGAGAAUAAAUGGGGGAUUAAGGUUC